AUGGAGUUUAUACAUUUUCAGAUCAGUCCAGUACAAAGCUAUUUACAAUUUGUGCGAUUUGCAAUCCAGCCGCACGGCGCACAGACGCAAGCCGUAAUGAGUUUAGAGAAAAUCGGUUUCGAGGGAACUAAGUCGAUCCUGCCUGCACCAGCAACGAGUAUCACCUUCUUUACAGAAGGUGAUCUACUUGAUUCAGGCUCGUCAAUAAGCUCCUCUACCGUCGUUUCGGCCACCAAGAAAAAUGGAAGUUGUCAAUUGUCGUGUCAUAAUGAUCUGCAAAUUAGCAGGAGCGGAGAAGAUGAUCAGAGCAUGUCUUCCAAGUGCUCCCAGAUCGAAGUUGUCGACGGUAGGCGUGCACCCUGGUUAUGUAUCCCAUUGUGGGUAACAAUUUCUCUAAUAGAUUUAUUUGUUUUUGGAGGCACGUGGACUCUUAUUGUUUGUUUAUACCAUGCUGUCGGCGAGGAUUCUUCUAUGAAUCCAUUCAGGGGCGGCGACAUCGUUAUGCCGUGGGUGUAUGGCGUGUACGUCGUUCUACUGGUGACAUCUGCUGCCGUUGCCGUUGCCGUAAUAUAUGUGCGUAAGGAGAGAGAAAUAGCAACGCGCAAUGUGCAGUUUAUUACACAAGUGAUGGUGUGCACCUCUAUUGCUCUGAUAACCAGAUUACUGGCUGCGAUGGUAGUUUACAGUAGGAUCUCAAUAUCACCCGGCACCGUCGUAUUCGAUACCGUUUCCAGCCUCUUCAUACACAUCUCUGCCGCCGCAAUGCUCAUGGUGGUCUCUGCCGUGACAUUGAGACUGUACCGGUGGGGUGCUGGUGUCAAUAGUAUAAGAGUCAUGGAAAAAUAG